AUGAAGAGUAUCACCAGCAGCUUCUGCGUACUCAGUUUGGUUUCUGCAAGCGCAUCCCAGACCUCUCGAAUGGUCGUUCAGACUGUCCAAACUGAUAGUGGUCUGGUUCAAGGCCAUUCAGCUGCAACUGCACCCGAGGUGUCCGAAUACCUAGGAAUACCGUACGCCAAACCACCAAUUGGCGAGCUUAGAUUCGCCGCUCCACAACGAUAUCACGGAAACGGUUCAAUCAAUGGGACCUCUUUUGGCUUCUCUUGUCCAAUAUCGUCAACGUAUUCAAGCCAACUCCAGCCUUCACCAGAGGCGAACCUCAACCUCACGGCCGCGGGGGUGAAGAUUCUUGACGCCAUCGCCCAAACUGGAGAUCGUUUCAGCGAAGACUGCCUGACGUUGAACAUCUGGACGAAGCCCCAGGUUGGUGAACAAGGUAAAGCGGUCAUGCUAUGGAUCUAUGGUGGUGGCUUUAUUGCUGGGAACUCCGACGCUCCUACGUAUAAUGGGGCGCAUAUUGCAGACCAAGAAGACGUUGUCGUAGUGUCUAUUAAUUAUCGCGUCAACAUCUUCGGCUUCCCCGGCGCCCCAGGCUCGUCGAACCUCGGUCUCUUGGAUCAACGUCUCGCCAUCGAAUGGGUUCGUAACAGUAUCGCCGCUUUUGGCGGCGACCCAGCUCGCAUCACGAUCUUUGGCGAGUCCGCAGGAGGCGGUGCCGUCGACUUCUACUCAUACGCCUGGACGGCUGACCCUGUUGUCGCUGGUUUCAUCGCGCAGUCUGGGACAACUGAAGUUGUCCCUCCAAACGAUGCGUCGACUGCGGCGGCGCUGUGGUUCAACGCAUCGAUGAUUCUUGGAUGCGGUGGGUCGGGUGAUAAUGCGACGGAAGUGAUGAAUUGUAUGCGCACGAAAGAUGUCGCCCAAAUCACUACGGCAAUCAGCAGCCUCCCAAACUUCGUCACAAGCGUCGAUGAGCAAGUUGUAUACUCGGACUACCCUGCACGAUCACUCGCUGGAAACUUCAUCAAGAAGCCCAUGCUUAUCGGACACACUGACUUCGAGGCUGGUAUGGUCCGCAUCGUCUCUGGGUUGAAAAACAUCACCUUGCCCGACAGCAUCCUAGACGCUUUCGAUCUCGAGACAUUCUACUGUCCUGCUGCAUCUCGCGCAAACGUGAGCGUGUAUAAUAACGUCCCUAUCUGGCGCUACCGGUAUUUUGGCGAUUUCCCGAACAUGCGACUUUCGGAGACGAUUCACACUGGCGCGUACCAUGGAGCGGAAGUGAACAUUCUUUUCGACACCGUGCCGGUUGGAGAAGGCAUACCGGAGUCUACAGCGGCUGAAAUUGAGAUUGGUGAUUACAUGCGCGGUGCGUGGGCUGCUUUUGCGAAAGAUCCCGAGAAUGGGUUGGAUGCUUACGGAUGGCCCCGGUACGACCCUACCAAGGAGACGUUGAUUCGGUUGGGAUAUAUGAACAAUACUGGACCGAACGUUGCUUUUCCGGGAAAUUACGACUCCGCUUGUGGCUCGAUUUUUCCCGCCAUCGCUUCCUAG